UACUCAGCUAAACACUCACGGAUUCAGUAGCUUACGAGAGGCCUCACGGUUGAGCUUACGGUCGAUUCGCGCUGCCUGUUGGAAACGGAGCUGUUGAGAAGAUAACUGUAAAUUCGCCGAGUGCAAGAAGUGACAGGCGUGUAUGGACCAUAGGUACCCUGUACCUAUACGAGUACCGAUUAAAAAUAUAGUUCGCGAGUGAUAUUUUAAUCGAACAUCAAAGUUUUGACUGGGCCCUAUUCGGGCUUCCGGCAAUCGGCUUGCUGAACAGUGGAACCUGUCACUUGAUCUGUGGAAAAGGAGCGUCCACGUGCGGAUCUAUCCAGCCUAGCUCUUCAUUCAUGUUGAUUUUCGAUGAUUGUUUGUGACGUGAAAUAAAGACAAGAUAAAUGAUGAAUCUACAAUUGGGAGACUACAGGUGGAUUUAACAAUUUUUAUUGCAAUCUUCUGUUGGCCGGCCUUUUUCAAGUACUCUUAAGCAUGAUAAUCUUGUGAUCGUUACGGACAGUGUUUCUUUUUUUGCGUCUCAUUGUGUCGCGAUCUUGACUGUACUUGGCAGCAGCGAAGCUCGUUUAUCCCACUUCGAUGUAGUGGCAGUGUAAGUGAUAACGUCGUGCAUCGCUCUCAACAUCAGCAUCACGAUGCCAAAAAUCUUUCUCAUCAAGAAUCGACUGCAUCAGCAGUUGCGGCUGCUGGAAUCGCAACAUACCAGCAAGAGCCCGCCACUUGGCAGCGGCAAGGACAGCCCGUUUGGCAGCUCGGAGCCGCUAAGUCUCAUAGUCAACAAGGAUCAAUAUCGCGACAAAACCGAUGAUGACCGUGCAACGACCCCGGAAUCCUUACGCAGUAGCAGUCCGGCGCCAUCGCCGCCGCCUACGCAACCGGCGAGCAACGCGACCAGCAGCCCGCCACCCAGACGAUUCAUUUCCAGCAUCCUCGGCGGUGACGUGCCGUACGGCAGCAGGCGUCACGUGCUCACCCGGGCGGAACGCAAAGAGUACAGCAGCCCGCCGAUAGUCUCGGACGAUCCACCCCAGUUCCUGUCCAAGUCGGAAAGAAUCGCACUGCCGAGGCCGCAGACGCCACCGAAAGCGCCCCGUGUCGAGCCACCUACCAGAGUCUCGGUCAUCCAGAGGGUGCCGCCGCAAGGUCAAUCCGCGCCUAGAAAAGAGGGGAAUAAGAUCGAGAUCGAGAGAGUCGAUCCGGUGCGAGCACCCGAACCGGAGCAGGAACAGCCCAUCGACUACGCCGUGCCGAAGCGGAAAGACGAGGAUGAGGAAAAAUGUCGCGAUGGCGCGAUGGCAUCGCGCAGUUCCGGCAAUUCCAUCACGAGAUCUUUGCUGGCCGUAAAACUGUCCGGCUCACAGGCAGUGGUGCAGGCAGCCGCGGGACACGGCAGAUCCUCGAACUCGGGUAACGGCGGUUCCUCCGGCAGUGGCAGCGGCGGUGCCGGCAAUUCCUCGCCGUCCAACAGCGGCAUCGGAGGGUGCGGAAACGGAGCGAUGAUCGGCGGCGGUGGAGGUAGCGGCAGCGGCGGUGCCGUGGGUGGCGGCGCGGGUGCGGGCGGUAUGCCUCCUGGGGGUAACGGUGGCCGUGGUAACUACGGGCCGAGCUCGCCGCCGACGGGAUCCCUGCCGCCGUUCUACGAAUCCCUCAAGGGUGGCAACAAUCUCGCCAACUUUGCCAAUCAGUAUAACACCGCUCAAGGAAAUGCAUAUCUAACACCAUUAACGGCGGUCGGGAUUGAUUGCGAUACCGGCCAACAGGAUAAUUCUCAGCACGCACAGUACAAUGCGCAGGAGGGUAAACAAUAUUCUCUCCUUCAGAAUGUCUGUGCAAAUGUAUGCGCGUCCUACGGCUUGACGUUUAAGGAGGAAGAUGAGGAAUUAGGAGCUUACAAGAUUCAACCGGACUUGUUGUCUAGCCAAUAUGCUUCCUACGACGUCACCGACGCGGGCAUGAUGGUGGAUAUGGUGACUGGCGCUGUGGUAGACCCAUUGCAAUUCACCACCGGUACCCUGACCUUCAGCUCACCCUCCGAUCACACAGCAUUGUUGGAGAGCCUCAGCGAUGCCGCCGAUCUCUUGUUGCCCAGGUUGCAGACCGAGGACGGAGGCAGCGAUCUUCUAGAAGAAUCGUUGCAUUCGCCCGCCUCGACUGGCAGCAGCGGAAUCGGUCAAGAUGCCGGUCAGAUGACCACUCCCGUCGAGCCAAGCGUCGAUCCUUUCCCCGAGCAUAGCAUGGCCUUGACCAGAGGCUUUGACACGAGACACUACACCACUCCGCAACACUUUAAUGCUUCCAAACUCGCGAGCUUGAAUUAUGCGGCUGGAGAAUCGAGUUAUCAGCCAUUGCCGAAGGAACGCCCGGAACUCGCGCUGCACGUCAAUCAGAAUCAACAGCACCAGCAAGAUCAGCAGCUGCAAAUUCAAGUGCAACUGCAACAGCAGAAGCAGCAAACCGGCGCGUCGUCGCAUCAACAACAGCAACAGCAGCAGCAUCAGGGUCUUCUAAGCCCUGGAUUGAAUUUUACCAGUAAUGUUCAAUUUUUUAAUCUCAAAGGUUUAGAGUUGGACUCUGGUAGUAGCGUGGGUGGAAGUUUGCCUAGUCCUGGUACUGCUAGCUGCUCUCUGGACGGGGCCUCAUCCACCUCACCGUCGUGUACGCUCGCGGAACACGCGCACAGCCCAGUCGCGGUUGUAUCACCUACCACAGUGGGCGCAGCGCAAACCACUGGAGCAGUCGGGGAGCCACCUCUUUCGCAACGGGUCGGUGUACUUCAACAAAGGCUGGGUUUACCGAAUGACUGCCAACUAGAAUUUGUUAACGGGGGUCACGGCAUAAAGAAUCCUUUAGCUGUCGAGGGUCAAAGGCAGGCUGGAGCCAAUCGAGAUGAAGAGAGAACGAAUCGAACUCCACCUAGCAAGGAUGACGAUCCCAAUCGCUUCACUUGCCGUGUGUGCAGUAAAAAUUUUAGUCUCCAGCGGCUUCUUAAUCGUCACAUGAAGUGUCACAGCGAUGUGAAGCGUUAUCUUUGCACAUUCUGUGGAAAGGGCUUCAACGAUACUUUUGACCUCAAAAGGCAUACGAGAACGCAUACGGGAGUGCGACCUUACAAAUGUUUCCUUUGUGAGAAGAGUUUCACGCAAAGGUGCUCCCUGGAAAGUCACGGCCAAAAGGUCCAUGGUGUUCAACAUCAGUAUGCCUAUAAAGAGCGACGUGCUAAGAUGUACGUUUGUGAGGAAUGCGGACAUACCACGCAUGAACCGGAAGUGCAUUAUCUUCAUCUGAAGGAACAGCAUCCUUAUAGUCCGGCGCUACUAAAGUUCUACGACAAGCGGCACUUCAAGUUCACCAAUAGUAACUUCGCCAAUAUGUUGCUCCAGGUGGGCACAGACGCGUAAAGACGAUAUUAGUCUUGAAACUUGUGUUAAGUAGAAGAUUGCACGUUGAGAUUAAUCAACGGUCUGAUAUAGGGAGGCUUCGAUACUCGAACGAUCAAAACAAAAUACACAGCGCGGUAUACAAGAACACGAAAUUGUUCUUGUUGAUGUAACUCUUCAGGGUGGCCUGUUGCAACGGGACUCGCGGAACACGGACAGCUGCGGCCUCGCGGAGCGACGAGAGACGGUUUCGAAGAGCACCAAGGCGACGCACCAACAGACCACGACCAGCUUCUGAACCCAUCAUCAAUGAAUCCGGCGACUCGGGCGAGUGACGUCAAUCGAUCGGGCUGGAUCUCUUCGAAGUUUAGGUCGACGAAGGGAGUGACGUCGCGCGAAAAAGUACCUGCAGGUGGCUCCCAUAGCGGUGACACUGGAACACACGAAUAUCGAAGUCCGAAGGCGACAGGAUCAGAUCGUGCAAGAUCUGUGCGAUCAAUUAGAUUCCGCCGCCUCAAAUUUAUGGGUAGAGGAGAAAGACGAGAACAGAAGGAGAAGGAAAAAUAAGAUAAAAGAGUAAGAGAGCCGUGGUAAUAACAAGCGACCGCUAAAUCAUGUAUAUUUUACGUACUCGAACGCUCGAUUGUUGUAUUAUAGCUUUUGUUUUACAUUAGAACUUGUAUGAUUAAGUUCGUGCGUUAUUCUCUCUUUCUCUGUCAGUUUUCUAAAGAAGAUAGUACCAAUGAAAAAGGAUAAAUAUUUGAGAAAAAAUAUUAGUAUAUACGUAGUGAUUGCUGUAGCGAUCUAGAAGAUAAUAUUUUAUCUAUUAAAAUAAUCAACGUGUAAAAUACACUGCGCGUUUCUAAAUUAUAAUUAAAGCACGUCGCGAAUUUUUUUCUACGCGUUGAGCAGAGAAUUUUUGUACGGACUUGUAACGCUACAAAUCUCGCUUCUACCCAAUGUUUUCGGACAAUGUUCUGAAUUUUUUAAUUAUUCUUAGAAUAUAUCUUUUUUAUAGUUUAGUAUUUUUAACUGUAUGGUUAAUUCGGAUUAACUGUAUAGUUAAUUAACAUUAAUUUAAUGAAAUCUUAGAACUCUCUAUGACGACUGAUACUGAAUUACAAAGAAAACACAUAGGACAUACAUAUACUCAUUCACACACACAUCGAUGCGUGCGUAUGCGCGUGCAAAAUAUAUACGUACAACUACACAUCGUUAAACGCAAUUGCAUAUGUAGAUUUUAGAUGGAAUAUUAAUAAUGGGCCGGAGGCGCGAUACCGAGCAGACCCAAAGACUUGGAUAGAACGUUUCAGGAAUGCGGAUCAUCCUCGGCGAGCGAGCCAAGGAGAGGGAAAAGAGCGCUAGCAUACGGAUGAUUUUUUUUCAGAGAUGUACGGCGAGUUACGUUACUUUUCGACUCGAUGGGUAAAUAUACGCGCGAAAAAUGGAAUUCUUGACGUCGUGAUUAUCGAGAGGAAUCUAGUUUCUCCGAACGCGAUUUGCGUCACGAAUCUUUCCAUUAUCUUUGAUCGGGGCAUCGGGGAAUGGAAAAAAUUCUUCAGUUACAGAAUAGGACAAGAUUCUCCAAGGUCAGUCCAAGAUGGACUGACCUUGCAGUAUAUUAUUAAUGAAAAAUAGAGUUUGAACUAUCAAUGUUUAGAAAAAUAAUCAGAGAGUCGAUUUUCUUCAUUUCCAUGGACAUUGUUCAAAUCUUUCUUCAUUUCUCUUGUUCUAAUGGCAUAUGAAACGUAUUUUUCGCUCUAAUAUAGCGACAUUAGACAAAUAUGAAUAAUGAGAAUAGAAUUCUAGUGUAGAGGAGAACUGUUGAUUUUUGGAACACUUGAAAAGAGGGAAUCGACUGCAAUUAAAAUUCAUAUUUUUAUUUUGUUGUUAAUUUAAUGAAUGAUUUUAUUAUUAAGUUGAGACGCUUUUUGACUGAAAAAAAUAUAAAUUAAAUUAAUCGCUAUAAUGAGAGAAAUAAAAUUACUGCAUUAUUAAAUAAAAAUUUUAAUUUAGUUAUCCUCUUAUUGGAAUUAUAUUUCUAAGCACUGAUAGUAUAUACAGAGAGAGAGUGUGCAUAUAUAUAUUUAGCAAAGUCCCCAACACACACUGAUGCGUACUUUGGGUAAUCUGUGAUAUGAUAAGAGUAACAAUUCACUCGCUCCUUUACGCACUCCACUUUGCUUUUUCGCUCUUGCACCAUGGUUUUUUGGGCUUGGGGAUGGGACAGGAAAGGCACGCAUAUAUACGGAUCGUACACAUAUACACGCGUACAUAUACAAACACACACACACACACACACACACACACACACACACACACACAAAUGUAUAUACACAAAACAUAAAACGGGAUUUCGUGCAAUUCUAAGAUGGUAGGAUUUGGAUCGAGCACAACCGGUAUACAUAUAUUUCCGCUCGAUUCUUUCCAUCGUAGACACACGAGUCGUGGCUCGCCACGGCAGUGCAUAAUUUGCGAGCUCUAAAUUUAAAGCGUUCGACACUGUGUUGAUCGGCAAGCUAAUUGCGAGAUUGGAAGCUUAACCCUUUGAAACGCAAUAGUGUUAUGACACAAAAUUCUUCUAUUUAGCAGCAUUUUUCAUAUAAUGGUUUCACAUCGAGAAAAUCUAUUAUAUUUAUCUGUAUUAUAUAGAUUAUACAUUUUUUAUUAUACAUAUAUAUAAACUAAAUGUAUAUGAUAUAUAUAUACAUAAAUAUAUAAUUAUAGUUUAUUUGCUCCUCCUAUGCAAAAGACUCGAAAUGCGAUUGUCAAAGGGUUAAAAAGGGUUUCCUUGAAGCAUGACCUGUCGAAACACAGUCUUCUAAUCUUCGGGCGAGUGCGCGUAAUUCUUCACGAAUGCUCCACAAAAUAGAUACCAAAUGUCACUUUGUCUCACAUGUAGAAAUAAGAAAUGAAAAAUUAAGAUUUUCACUCCGUAAUGUUAUAUUGGGUGAAAGAUACGUAAUGGGCUUUGAUAUUUUGUCAUAAAAUCGUUAUUAUUAUUAUUUUAAUGUGUUACAUUUAUGUCUAAUUAUUGAUUAAAUAUUCAAUUUUCAAUUGUUUCGCGUGUCUCCUAAGGGAAUUCUUUCAUCGGAGUGCGCGAACGUGCUAACUUGCCCAUUACAAUUUUAUCAUACAUUAACAAUAAAUCGAGUAAUUGCUAUGCUAUUUGACUUAUGUUAUUUUUUAUCAUUUGAACCGUUUAAUAGUAUUUGAUAUUUACUAUUACAUAGAUAUUUUUACAGCAAUGUGUUUUAUUCAAUUUUAGAUUUAUUUUUCUUCGCUCAUAUCAACAUACAAAACGCGUCCCCGUCCGAUGGUUAAUAACGUCAUGCCAAGAGCAUUUGAUAAUAUUUGUGUUAUUGUAAAUAACAUACGACUAGAGAGAAACUAUGCUGAUAUUUAAUUCUUACAUAUAUAAUUGUACUCGUCAUUUUUUAUAAGCUCGAUUAUUUCGGCGUAGAUGCUAACGCUCCGCCGAGAAAUGCUCAUCCCCGCAUAUUGUAAAUAGUUAUAUCAACGACAACGGAAACAUUAUGCACACAUACACGGGCACCGGUUAAUCUGCGAUUAUUUUUUGCUUACAAAUAAUAAUGAUGUACACAAUAUUUGUAUAGUGAACGCGCGCGGAUUGGAAUAUAUUGCACUUACACCUUGGAGAAAAUACUCAAGGAUAACGGUACUUGUCGUCGCACACUGUUAAUCAAGUAUUAAAAGUUGCGCGUGUAAUAUGUCGUCUUAUUAUUAUUAUUAUUAUCAUUAUUAUUAUUAUUAUUAUUAUUAUUAUUAUUAUUAUUAUUAUUAUUAAUAAUAUUAACAUUAUAUUUUUAAAUGAUAAUGCUAUAUAUAUAUAAUUAUAUUUCCAUUGAUAUUUAAUUUACGUUCAGUAUUCAGUCGUAAAAGAAAUUACACUAUUUCUUUAGCAAAAACAAUCGAUUUAAAAUUUUACUUGAUCAUUAUCAUAAUAAUUUACUAUUAUUUUUACAUUUACAAGAAAUGCUAUCGAUUUUUUGAUGUAUUCGAUUCUUUUCUUCCUUAGUACUUAAUAAUUUUUGUCAUUAUUAUAUUAUUUUUAUUAUAUAUUAUAUUAUUAUUAUCAUUAUUAUUAUUAUUAAAGCUCUAAAUAAUAAUUUUAAUUAUUGACUUUAUUAAUAAUAUUAUAGAUAAUUCUCUCUACAUACAGGAUAUAUAAUCCUAUAUUUAUCGAAUUGUUUGGUUGCAGAAGCGACUUUCUUCUUACAGAAAAAAGUGGGCGAUUAUAGUUAGAAAAUCGCUGUGGCGUGCAAAAUUUAUCCAAUCUUGAAAAGUAAUUAUACUUUAUACUAAUUAUUAUUUAAUCAGAUUGCAUGCACACAUUUGAAUUCUUUAAAAGAAUUUUUUAUUCCAAAGUUUUUUUGUUUAUAAGUAUAUUUUAUCUUUUUCUUUGAAACAUGCAUAUAUAAAAACUUGAAAUUCCGAUUCAAACAACAGAAUGAUUUUAAUUAUUUGAAUGAAAUUAUCUCAAAAUAUUAGUACAAAAUAUGUGUCAUUUUUAAUAUAUAUAUAUAUAUAAAACAGGAUGGCAUAUUUUUGUUAUGUUGGAUUGGACAAAUUUCACACCGUCAGGCAUAUUUUUAACAUAUAAUUGUGAAUCGAGCAUAUGAUUGCAUGCGUGAAUAUUAUUGUCUAUAAGAGCGUAUGUAUGACUAUCAUUGUUCGUAUGAGCGUUUGAAUGUGAAUUUGCGUAUGAUGUAUAAUAAUAUAGUUUUUAGCUCCACUUUUGGCACUUAGGCAAAAUAAAUGUAUUACAAGUUUGAAAUGAAAAAACGGAAAGUGCAGCUAAAAUAGAAAGUGUAGCUAAAAUAAAUACAUGAAUGUUUAAUAUGCUGUCUAUGCGUCCCAUGAGAUUGUAAAUUUCCGAGCGCAACUACUGUUAUCCGAUUCCGAUCAUUGACGUCUAUUUAACGGUCGUUAGAAGGAUCCAGUUAGCAUUUUUUAUUGUUAUACUUCCAUUCUUCAUUCCUAGUAUGCAAAACCAUGUUUUCUUUACACUUCUCAUUCUACAAUAAGAAUUUAUGGUUUUUUUUUUACUAGAUUUGUUUUUAUGACAGUGGGGGAUGUUAUAAAUUUCAUCUUCAAAUAUGACUUUCAACCUACAAGGUAGGACGUGGGCCAAGAUUGAAUCUAGGUCUACAAAUUAUUAAGCAAUCAUUUCAUUAAUUGAGCAGUCUAGCUGUCCAUCUAUCCAUUGGCGAUCUUUAUAAAUCGUAUGUUAACGAUAAAAUGUGGUUACGCGCUCUUAUACGUAUAUUUGUGAGAGAAGAGAGAGAUAAUAAAAAUUAAUAUUAUAUAUAUUCGAAAAA